AUGAAGUUCACUCUUUCUGCUUGCGUCGCCUUCCUGGCUGCCAUCGCUGAGGCUCGUGUCCAAUUCACCAACAGCAACUUCGCUGUUGAGGCCGACAAGCCCUUCGAGCUCACGUGGUCUGGAGCUACUGGUCCUGUCACCAUCUAUCUCAAGGAUGGUCCUUCUACCAACCUGAGGACUGUUGAGACGCUCGCAAGCGACGUCUCGGGCGGCAAAGUCACUGUCACCCUCAAGGCUUCUCAGCUCAAGUCUGGCACCUAUGCCUUUGGCAUCAAGGAUACUUCUGGCGAGCCUGAGAACUACUCGCAACAGUUCAACAUCGUUGGUACCGGUGCCGCCUCAACCACUGCCUCUGGCAGCAGCACCAGCAGCAGCAGCUCCGCCGCUUCGACCACUGCCGCCUCAUCGACGACCAGCGCGUCCACUCUCACCACCUCUGCUCGUCCCACUGCCGCUAACACGACUUCCACUGCCAACUCUUCUUCGUCGACCGCUUCUAGGACCAGCGCUGCCACUACCGCUGCUUCUACCACUACUAGCUCGCCCCCCAACACUGGUGCUGGUUCUCAGCUCCAGUCGUCGCUGGCUCUGGUCUUCCUCGGCGCUGCUGCUUACGUUUUCCUGAACUAA